AUUAUUACGAAAUUUCUGUUUGUAUUUUUCAAAAGAAGUUGUUAACGCAAAACAAUACUUACACAUACGUUUAGCAAAUAUAUUGUCGGUAUUGUUUACUAUUCUCGUUAAUUAAAUUUGAAGUUUGAUUGCAUUUAAUUUAUCGUACACUCCUUAAUUUGUGUAAAGCAACAAGUAAAUGACAACUGCGAUAAACUGUUUGUAUGUAUUGCACAUAAUUUUGUUGACAUUUUUCUUCGACAUGUUCUUGCGUGACUUAAUAAUCCAUCAAGAAAAUUUAUCAUAUAUAAAUCAGUGUGUAUAGUUCUUGUAUAAAAAUAUUUCUUCUCGAAAAUACAUAGGCUUAAUUUCUCUUAGAGACAAUACAAACGCAAGUACAUCGAUUGCUGCUUUCUUAUACAAAUGAUAUACUGUACAUGUAGAACAAAUCAGUUUUAUAAGGAAUUCGUUAUAUUUGAAUUAUGAAUUCGCUAAAAGUGUAUAACGAAUUACGCUUAUAGCUCAAAUGAGCGAUGUGGCCCAUGGGUCUCUUGUUUAUAUUUACAUGUUACUUAUAUCUCUUUGGGAAUUUCUAAUCGUACUAUAUAUUUAUCAAGAUUCAUACGUACACUGUUCACAUUCAUGAGGAAAUGGUUAUCAUUUCAGAUAUCGAAGGCAAAAAUAUUAGGAAUGUGAAUAUUUCCAGAUGAGCGCGUCACAGACUAAGAAAUUCCGCUCAGGGAAUCUCACGCUCCAGCGCGUGUAUAAGUCAACGAAAGGAGAUUUAACAAUGUUGAAUGAUUUAUAAAUUAAGAUAACUGUUUAUUCUAUUAUAUAUUUUCAUAAAGAGAAAGUUUGUGUAACUUUUAAUCAUGCGAUUUGAUGAAAAUGCAAUCGCCUCUAAAAUAUGCUCUUUCUACUGACUUCAAUAUAAAAUUCAAGAUAAAAUAAAUCAAGCAGUAAUCAAAAUUUUGUAAAUUCCAAGGUAAUUUUUAGAUACGAAAUAUAAUCGUUAAAUUAUACAUUGAAUUCCCCAAAGUACGUUUUAAAUUGCGGAGGAAAGAUCAGUGAUGUGUGUGUAGCUUGUGUGAUUGAAAUUAUAUCAGAUAUCAUAAUUUGUAUAGGAUUUCAGUAACCCUGUCAUGUAGAUGUUCAUGAGUAGCUGCAGAACUGUUGCUCUCUGGGUAAAUACUGGGACCGAUCAGAGAGCUAGUUCCGCAGCUAAGAUAUGAGAGAACUUGUAAUAUGUUUAACAUAUAGAAGAUCAUCAUUUAACUUGUAUUAACUAUUUAUAAGGAUGAUAAAAGUUAUUUUGUCUAUUUGAGAUAACCAUACGAUAUGCAAUUUACAUACGAAUAUUCUCGAAACGACUUAAUGAUACCGAAUGCAAAAACAGAAGAGUUCCACAACAACGUAAACAACUUGCCAGCACUUGUUUGUUGCAUAUUUUGAGGAUAAAAUUUAUGGUAUUCCAGUAUGCAUAGCCCAGUAAAGGUAUUGUUAAUACAUGCUUACAUUAGAAUUUUAACAGAAUAUUUAUUUGGUAGUUUAAGAAAGCAGAACCCGUGGAAACCUGAGUUAAUAUCCAUUUCGAAUUUACUCGAAGAGCUUCUUCAGCCAAUCGUACUUGGCACACGAAUUAAAUCACAAAAUCUGAGCAUGUAUUUUUAAAGUUAUAUAUAUAUGAUAGUGGUUUUGUAAUUCACAGAGUAAGACAGAACCAAGCCUCAUAAAUAACACAAGCAAAUUACGAUGACAUCCAAAACCAAAGACGACAAACAUUUGCAGUUGCUGCGUAAAGAGAGUAAGAAGCUGUACAGUGAUGUGGAGGAUCUGGAGAAUGCCCUGAUACUACAUAACAGAUUCCAAGAGAGUGAAGAAACUAGCAUCAGAGGAAUUAUCAGGAAAGAAGUAGGAGGAUCAAGAUGGGAGCAUGGUGGUGUUGGAAAAAUGAACAGUUAUAGAGGAGCAAAAGACCUCAAUAAAGGAAACUCAGAGCAGAGGAAGGCUGGAGCCCAGAAUGCCAAAAAGGGAGGCAGGUCACAGCCCCUACAGAGAGGAAACAGUGAUAAAAACCUAGGUAUUGAAAGUAAGCAGUUAGGUGUCACUCAUAAAACAUCAGACGAAAGUCUACCAUCACAGAAUGGCGUCAAACCGAGAGACAAAGACCAAAUUCUGGCGGACACUAAAGAAAAGGGCAACAAAAAGCUGCAGAGGGAGCACAGAGAGACGGCUAUUGUUCCAGAUUCAUCUUCUGUGGACAAAAUGUCAGUGAUGAAAGCCAAGGUGAUAGAGAAGGCAAGCUCUAAAGUCAUCUGGAGGAAAAAGGGCACAAAGACAGAUACUUCUGACAGUGAAUCUAAGUUUGAUGUUACACACACUGACACAUUAUCCAAAGCUGAAGUGAAGAAGAAUGCAGGAGAUCGUAAAUUUGAUGUUGUGGCUGGUAAUGUUGGCGAAAAAGCUCCAAGUAAAGAUAUAAAAAGCAGAGACUUGAUAGCUCAGAAAGGAAAUGUAAAACCAUCAAGAGAGUUACAAACUGAAAUCAAGAAGGAAUCACCUAAACAAACCAACAGGAUUGAUCCCGAACUGUUCAAAACAAGAAGCAAGUCUACUCCAGAAACUUCCAAUGUGCAACUGACUGAAUCUUUCAGCAACAACUUAAAUUCCAAUUCUGCAUAUUCAAAUUCUAGUCAAAAUUCACAAAGUGGCGUACAUACGAGGGAAAAAGACAGUAAUUCAAGUCAUUCAAAAGUGAAAUGUGACCCCAGUGUUCAUUUGUGGUUAAGGAGGCUAGCCCUUCUGGAGGAAGACAAAUAUAUUGACAUGUUUGCAAGAAAUGAAAUUGACAUAAGUGUAUUAGUUACAUUGGAUGAGAAACAACUGGAGAAGAUGGGUGUUUUGGCACUAGGGGCAAUGAAGAAACUUUUAGCUGGAAUUGAAGAAUUAAAACAGCAAGAAAAGAAAUAUAAAGUAUCACUACAUGCUAACACUGAGAAAUCUAGUCCCAAUACAAUCGUCACUGACAGUGUUCAGAGCAGGGCAUCAAAUAAAUCUGUAAAAAAUGAUGGUGACUUAAAAACUAACAAAAGUGUAGAGGGUUUAAGUAUAAAAGACUCUGUGAAGCCUGUACCUUCUGAUAAUUCCACAGACAGCAAAGACAAUUCACAGGAGCAGGUAUCCAUAAAACUCGGUGCCUCAGUGAAGAGAUCCAACAACAUGAGGCCACAAUCUGAUGCUAAAUCUUCCUCUCAGCAAACUUCUGGAAGCGAAUCUCAAAAGGGAUCACAGAACAAUGAUAAAACCAGUUCAAGACCAAAAGACAGUGUAUCAACCAGGUCAAAACCCAGCAAAGGGGUUCUCAUCGCCGAAAGACCUCAGAGUGCCAAAGUCAAAAAUAAAAAAACAAAAUCAGGACCAAACCUUCCCAGGGCAAAGUCUGCAGACCUGUCUAACAAAAGGGCAACAGAAUUAGCGAAUAAAAAGGCAGAGGAAGGCAUCAAAGCAGCCAUGAAAAGAAGAAAAUACAAACAGGAGGCCCCAGAGGAGAGAUUGCUGAAGGAACAGAAAAAGUCCAGCAGGGAUGAAAUGGCUGCCAGGCACAUAAAGAGGGAGAAGAAAAGGAGGGAAGAAUCAAUGGAGAGAAAGCAACAGGAAGAAACGGAUAGACAGAUCCGGGAGAUGGAGACAUCAGAGGAAGAGAGUGAGGAGGACACAUUAGAGGAACUGGUCAAGGUCAUCAACUAUAACAAUACAGUCAGGUCAACUCCAAUGGAAGAAACUACGCACACACCAUCUGCUCUCCCCCCAAGACGGCCCCUGUAUCGUCCAAACCCUUCAAAACCCCCGCUCAGACAAAGUAUGGCUGUUCCGGUCAGUUCACGCCAUCUUCAUCAUGAAAGCCUAGGUCUCGUUUCCAACAGGGUAAUGUCCAGUAGACAUUCUUACAGCUCCAGGACUAACACGGUCAAGGACAUCGAAAAACAGAUUGACACUCUGACAAAGAAAGCCAUGGCUGGGGACACAGUUACCAUGGAUUUAGUAAAAGAUCUUCAGAAACGUCUUGAUGAAUUAGAAACUCAAAUCAGAAGCCCAGUGGACAGCGUAUUCCCUAGGAGUCAGAGAUCAAAGAGCAGAAAUGUGGGUCAGGGUGGUGGAGAUAAUGUGGAUGGAGGUCAAAUGUCAAGGACACAAACUGGGUCUCUGAGUAAAGGAGACCAUUUUGAGGAACUAAAGCAAGAAAGGAAACAGCACCGUAACGAGCUCAGACAGCUAAAAUCAGAACUGAGUCGAAUGAGACACAAUGAUCCGAUUCGCUCUGUGGAGAUCAGCAUAAAGGAUCUAGAAUACGAUGAGUCCGAUGUGAUGGGAGAAGGAUCCUUUUCCAUGGUGUACCACGGUCUGUAUCAGGGCUCCGAUGUCGCCAUAAAGCAGUUAAAACUUCCUCUCUCCCCGCACGACCGCAACUACUUCGCAGCAGAGGUGAAUCUUUUGAAAGAUCUGCGACAUCCUCGAGUGGUGCUGCUAAUGGGAGUGUGCACCUCCGAACGCCUCCCACUAAUGGUUCUGGAGUACAUGGCUAAAGGAACGCUGCACCAGAGACUACACGACACAAUCAGCCCCUCGCUGGACCACGCCGAGUUCUUUCGAUAUGCCCAUGAUAUUGCUCUGGGUAUGAACUAUCUUCACCAACACAAGCCCACUGUCCUACACCUGGACCUGAAGUCUAUGAAUGUUCUAUUGUGUGCAGACAACAGAGCCAAGAUAGCAGAUUUUGGAUUCUCAAAAUUCAGGCAUGAUGCACAUCAGAAGGCAACUAAAGUCUCUAAGAGUAAGCCAGUUCAGGGCUCCCCCUGUUGGACGGCACCAGAGUUACUAGAGACAGGGGACAUAACUGCAAAGGCCGAUGUCUACAGCUUUGCCAUUGUCCUGUGGGAAAUGUUGACUAGGAAACAGCCAUAUGAGGACUGCUCUGUGUAUCAGGUUCUGGAAAAGAUCCGUACAAACAAAAGACCCGAGAUCCCUGAGUCCUGUCCAGAACAACUGGCCAGCUUCAUCAGACAAUGCUGGGACCCCCUCCCUACCAGGAGACCGCCAUUCAGGGACAUCCUAGUUAAACUGGACAACAUGACCUUUCCACCCGAGUGGCAGGCCCUAUUUAAAGAAGCAGGAAUUCCCCCUGUGGCUCUGGAGGAUGUCCAGUCAGCUCGCACCAUCAUCAGUCUCGUCAGCAACACCCUGGAUACAGAAAACGUACGCACACUUGUUCAGGACAUCAGAGUGUCACAUGACAGUAAUGUCCCCACGACAGAAAGUCUUACCCUGUGUAUCCCGGAUGACAACCCCACUCCCCGUCCAAAAUCUAGUCCAGACUCCGACAGUUCAGAGGACAGCCUUUCAUUUUCCUACAAUCUUGCCGAGAAAAAUCUAGGUCUGUCAUCUCCAAAUCACAAACCAGUUAUGGAAGUGAGUGGUAACGUGGAUUUAAGUUUAAAUCUGAAGGCUUUGGACAGUGACAGGAUACCAGUGGUACUCGAACCAGUGAAAUCUACGGAAAAUAUUGUCAUCAGCAGUUCAAAGUCGCCAACAUGCAACCAGCAGACAGCUACACAGAGGCCUAGUGUCACGAGAAUAUCACUAAAUGCAGAGACUCUAAACAAGCAAAAGGACAGAUUGAGAGUUUCAAAUCAGCACGAUUCUGCCAGGAAACAGUCUCCAAAAUCUGAAAAGACUCCAGACACUGCGUCAGGAAAAGAGGGAAUUGCCAUCGAAGAAAGUUCUACCAAAACUCCAAAGCCAACGCCGCGAUCAUUGAAAGGUGCAGCACCUCAGUCGCUACAAGACGAACUUAAGCUGAGGUUGAGUAGUGGCGUUCCGCUGAAAUCAAGCACAGACGAGGCACCAGAGGGAAACAAACUUUUAAUUAGUUCAGGAGAAAAAGACAGUGGUUUAUCACCCACAAGUAAGCAGAGAGCCCCAGCUUCAGUCAACUCAAAGACCUCUCCAUAUACUGGUACAAGUGCGAGACAGAGUGACACAUUGGAAGAGGAGCUUGAGGAGAUUCUUGAGGAGAUUGUGGAAGCAGACGGCAUGGAUGAGGACAGUCUCGAGGAGAUGCCUCUUAGGGACAGUCUAGAAACUGAUGAAGGACUGCUUAAAAAUAAGUCAAAUUCUUUCACUGUGGUCACAGACACUAACACUGUUUCAGUCAAAAGCAAAAAUGGAUCUAUAUUAGAGGAGCUCAAUUCCAAAUUCUAUGAUGCCAAGAAGGUCAAGGUGAUAGGGCAGCAGGCCGGUCCUCCUUUAUCCCUAGGAACAGCCAGGCAGAGUAUUGAGGCGUGGGUGGAGGAGAGGGACAGACUGGACAGUGCUAGAAGUGACCGCUCCAGAAAGAGGACACCACCAUCAAAGGUUGUACCACCUCCUAUACUGAUCCCCGAAAACCCGCCCCCACCACCUCCCCCUCCUCCUCCUCCCCCACCCUUACCCAUCCAUGAUCUACAAGGGCCACCCACCUCCACAAAGACAGGGUUCUCAGUGGUCUCCCCUUCACAGUCUCCUCUAAAAAACCCAGUCUUCCCUUCUACUCCGUCUCGCCGGAAGCACCCUGUAAAAUCAGAGGCAGAGCUGAGGACCAAAUUCACCUCAGAAAAUACCGGAUUUAUGGUGAAGUCCAUGGAUUUACGAGAACAGAAAGAGAUGUUACUGCCAACAGACGACCCUCAUCCUUAUCAACUGCAGGACUUAAGCCAAGUCAGCAAGGGUACAAUAUCAUCCAUAGCAGAAAUACUGAAACAGGCUGUUUCCAGCAGACGGAUGGCAAUGAAAGAAGACACAUAUAGCCCUGCCCACUCUGUGGCCAGCAGCUGGUCUUGUGUGGAUGAUUGACAGCUUAAUCUGAUCAUUCCAUCCAUGACUAACAUUCCUCAGAUCCAAAAAACAUUCCAACAUUAACUUCUGUUCUCUCUAACACAGAGCAGAUUUUAUCAUUUAGCAUUCCAUAAUUUGUAGAAUACAUUAAAUUAUCACUUCUAAUAGUGACUAAGUCUAUAUUGUAGAAUUUUAAAGUGAUCUAGUCUACAUAUUUAUAUAAAUAUAUAUACAUUUAUAUAAACUUCCCAAUAUACAAUGUGCAUCAGCUCAAACAGAGUAUAUUUCGGUAGUCUGCCAGCAGCUUUGAAUGAUGGCAGUGCAAGCUACAGGUUGAUGUUUUGUCUACACAAAAAAAAAAACAACAGCAAGUCAUCAAACAAUUAGUGCUAGUAUAAAAGUGUUGUGUGCAUGUACCAUUGAUGCUGUAAAAUCACUCUAUUUUUGUGGAUUUUAAAUUUCUUGGGGGGGGGGGGGGGGGGGGGGGGCAUGUAGUUCCGUUUCUUUUAUUUUGCGGAGAUGUCUUAACCACAAAUAUGACUAAAAUGAACUCCUCAGAUAGGUUUAUGGUUUUACAUUUGUUUAUUCUCCUGUGAUACGUGUGCCUCCGUUGUUGUACACAACAUUAUUAUUUUCUAUUUUUAUGGGUGAAAAUCUUAGAAAUUGUCAUUGGCAGUGUUGUUUUAUCACAUGGAAAUAAUUCAUCUCAAUGUCAAGUUUGUGCUUGACAGGUUGGAAAAACACCGCACAAUGUGCUACUAAUGGUACUAAACGAGCAAAUGCAUGUAAUUACAUGUAUGUAAUAGAAUAUAAGACUGGUGUCUGAUUUUACAUAUCAUACAAAAUUUCGUAGCAAAUGCAUGUAAUUUUAGAUGUUUAUUAAAUAGAUUCAGAAUUCACUUCAAGUUUUAGUUUUUACAUAUCAUUCAAAAUAGACAGUGAAACAUGCUUAUAGUGAAUUCUUGCUUAUUGCAAAGUGAUAUUCAUUGUCCUAUGAGAGGAAAAUAACGAAAACUUUACUGGAUAUAACAAACUUUGGUUAUAAUGAACUGUUUUUUGGCUAGCCCUGGAGGUUCACUAUAACUAUGUUUUACCGUACAUCUGAUUUCAAUAUUAUGUAAUAACACAAUUUUAUUAAUUUUCAGUUUUUAUGCCUCUGAGAUCGAAGAUCGGGGGGGCAUAUUGUUUUUGUCCUGUCUGUCAUUCUGUAAUUCUGUCUGAAACUUUAACCUUGCUAAUAACUUUUGAACAGUAAGUGAUAGAGCUUUGAUAUUUCACAUGAGUAUUCCUUGUGACAAGACCUUUCCGUGGGUACCAACAUUUUUGACCCCGUGAUGUUGACCUUGGAGUUUGACCUACUUUUUGAAAACUUUAACCUUGCUAAUAACCUUUGAACAUUAAGAGAUAGAGCUUUGAUAUUUCACAUGAGUAUUCCUUGUUACAAGACCUUUCUGUUGGUAUUGAACCUUUUGACCUUGACAUUUGACCUACUUUUAAUUUUUUUUUUUACAUUGGUAAAUAUUAGAGUUUUCAUAUUGUACAUGAGCAUUUCUUUUGACAAGAUCUUUCUACUGGUACCAAGAUAUUUGCCCUUGUGACCUUGGCUAUCUUCGGAAUUGGCCAUUAUCGGGGGCAUUUGUGUUUCACAAACACAUCUUGUUACUUUCUGUUUUGAAAUGUUUUCGAUGACAUGUAUUAAUAUUUUACAAUGUAGAAGUUAAUGCCUUAUUUUAAAAGAUAUAUUUAUGUUUAUUUAUUCUCCACAUAUAUAAUUCUUAGCCAUCGUAAUCUCAGGGUUGUGUAUAGCUUUGUAUUCAGGGGUCUAUGAUUUGAUCUGUUUAGAUCAAUAUUGUAGUCAAUCCUCAGUACAGCAUUAUUAGCUAUGUGAUACCCAGUUAAACACAUAGAUGUACAUUUAUAUACAUAUUAUUUAAUUCCAUGUAUUAUUACAGUACUUAAUAAAUGUAUUUGUGUAUACAAUGUAAAAAUCACUUAUUUCUACCUGUCAAGAUUUGUGCAUGUCUGAUAUUCUGGUUCUGUACUUUAAUAGGUGUAAUAUCACUUUUGAUACUUUUAUUGAUCUAGAGUUUAUGUCAAACAUUCUGAUUGGCUCAGAUUAAAAGUUUAUGUCAAACAUUCUGAUUGGCUCAGAUCAAGAGUUUAUGUUAAACAUUCUGAGCCUAGAUUGGCUCAGAAAAACACUACCUUCUGCUGAGGUAUUAAUAAAAAAAAAUGAACUCAAUAAACUGUUUUACAAACGAUUAUAUAAAUAAGUAAAUAUCUGUGCUAGUCCAACAUCCAAAUAUUUUGAAAAUGAUGUAACACAUUCAAAUUCUUCACUGCGUUUUCCCCCAGUAUUCAAUUUCAUUACAUAAAAGAGUAGCAUUUUUUAAAUCUUAUAUUAGAGGCCAGUCUUCAUAUGUGAGAAGUUUUGUACUUUCUUUAUAUAUCUUGUAUUUACAUCUGCAUUGGAAAUACAAUGAAAACAGUUUAAAUUUAUGGUUUAAUGAAUUUUUUUGUUUUGAAUUCACUGUAAGGUUGUACAAGUUUCUGUCUUUUUUAAAUCACGGUCACACUAAUACUUUGUUUUUCCUUUGACAAGACACAUGUACACAUGUUAUUUUUUCACUUAUAUUAUGAAGAACUUUGCUAUUGAAUAAAAAGGUUCACAUCAGA